CCGGGACAGAGACCUUUUUACCUCUCUGUGGGGACACUCAGCUUCGACAGGACUCAUCAGCAUCACUGAUAUUAAGUUAUGAUUUGAGUUAUUUUUAAAAAAAUCUUUAUUAUUGUUUCAGUUUCUGAGGAUAAAUUCUGGCGGAGCGCUUUUCCAGUUAUUGAUUUGCCCUUCACUGUCCGGAGUGAGGAUCUCAUUUUCAGAAGACGCCUGCAUAUGAAGAUUAAACUGGAUGGUCUUUCCCUCUCACUGUUUUUAUCCAUCACUGAGAGAUCAGAUGAUGGUUUGUGCGUCAGGAGCUGCUGGAAUUAAGAGAAGCGGUUGUUUUACAUGCGGGUGUUAAUGACCUGUAAACACUUCUAAUCACUGUCUCUGUGGAGGAAAAAUGGAGAACUACACGAUGUGGAGUAAUUUCACCCAAGUUCUGUCGGAGCUGGACGGGACAGGCGGCGAGGAAGAGGAGGACGACGACGAGGACGGCGGGAGCGGUGCAGGCAGCGGAGGACUGCGCGUCCUCGUCGGCUGCGUCCUCUUCCUGCUCAUCGUGUCCACGCUGCUCGGGAACACGCUGGUGUGCGCCGCCGUGGUCAGGUUCCGCCACCUGCGCUCCAAAGUCACCAACUUCUUCGUCAUCUCUCUGGCCGUGUCUGACCUCUUCGUGGCCGUGCUGGUGAUGCCAUGGGAGGCCAUCACCGAGGUGACCGGCACGUGGCUGUUCGGACGCUUUUGCGGGGUCUGGAUCGCCUUUGACAUCAUGUGCUCCACAGCCUCCAUCUUGAACCUGUGCAUAAUCAGUGUGGACCGCUACUGGGCCAUCGCCAGCCCCUUCAAGUAUGAGCGGAAGAUGACUCACCGGGUGGCGUUUGUCAUGAUCGGGGUGGCGUGGUCGCUGUCCAUCCUGAUUUCCUUCAUCCCAGUGCAGCUCAACUGGCACCAGGUUGGGGAGGAGGAGGAAGAGGUGAUGGAGGAGGUGAUGGACAUGAUGGCCGCCAGUGGCAGGAACUUCACAAACAGCAGCAACCCCAACCUCAACGCUAGCGCCGUCGCUAAAAGCUGUGUCGCCAACUUGAACAAAACUUACGCCAUCUCCUCCUCCCUCAUCAGCUUCUACAUCCCGGUGGUGAUCAUGAUCGCCACCUACACCCGGAUCUACAGGAUUGCUCAGACCCAAAUCCGUCGGAUCACGUCUCUGGAGCGGGCGGCAGAGCAGGCGCAGAACCAAGGUCACGGCAUGAACCGAAACCAGCAGCAGCAGCAUCGACCCAACGAUGAAGCCUCACUGAAGUCGUCGUUCAAGAAGGAAACCAAAGUCUUGAAGACGCUCUCCAUCAUCAUGGGGGUGUUUGUCUUCUGCUGGCUGCCGUUCUUCGUCCUCAACUGCACGGUCCCGUUCUGUGACCCGCCCUGCGUCAGCGACACCACCUUCACUGUCUUCGUCUGGUUCGGCUGGGCCAACUCCUCCCUCAACCCGGUCAUUUACGCAUUCAACGCAGACUUCCGCCGGGCCUUCGCCACCAUCCUGGGCUGCAACCAAAUGUGCUCCAACAACACGGUGGAGGCUGUGAACUUCAGCGACGAGCUUGUGUCUUACCACCAUGACACGACGCUCCACAAGGAGGCGCUGGUCCCUGCGCAGCCACAGCAACAUCCUCGCACCAUUAACGUCGGGUCUGACAACCUGGAGGACAUGAGCGCACAGUUUGAUGAGGAGUCGAUCAUCUCCAAUGGUUCCCAGAGAAACAACAGGCUGCUGCUGCUUCCCGCCACUGUCCAGUUUGAGGAUGACCCCGAAAUCUCCUUGGAAACAAUCACGCCGUUCACCUCAGCGGCGGGGCUUGAGAGUGAUGCUCUAAUACCAGGUCAAGUCCACCGGGAUGGAUAAGACAGAAACUGCACUGAGCUAACUGACGGCCAUAACUAAACAGGAAGUUAGGCUGUGUUGCCUUCAAAAUAAAAACAUAAACUUCGAUCAAACUAUGAUCAAACUUAUCCUCCAAAACGCCUGCUACUGAUUAAUUCCAAAUAACAUAGGACUCUGAGGACUUUAUAACCCAACUACACAACACCAGAGAGACUUGACUGUACAGGCUAAGCUUCAGAUAAAAUGCCAAUAUCAGAGUGUGUUGAUUGUUUGUGUUUUCACUUGUUUAACCUGGAGCAGAUUUAGUUAGUAGAUCGACCUGACACAGUGAGGUUGGAGAUUAAAUGAUGAUUUUUAGGGAAAACAAAAUGCUUUGUCGGACAUUAAACCUAAUUUAUUACACCGAGCCACUGAAGGUUUCAGUUAUUUAAUAUCUGCACUUUAUGCCCGUCAAAUAUGGUGUCUCCUCUUUCCAUGAAAAGGGCUGACACAGUUAAUGAAGGUCAAAUUUUAAAGGGACUGUUCACAUCAAAAUCAAAAAUACAUAUUAUUGCUCUUACAUGUAGUGCUACAUAUCAGUCUAGAUUGUUUUGGUGUGAGCUGCCGAUUGUUGGAGUUAUCCUCCGUUGAGAUGUCCGCUUUCUCUCCAGUAUAAUGGAACUAGAUGGCACUCAGAUUGCGGAGCUCAAAGUGUCAAAAAAGCAGCAAUGUCUCUUUCCAGAAAUCAUGACCCGAUCACCCAAGAUAAUCCACAGAACUUAUUGUGAGCAGUUUCGUGUAGGCACUAUUUUCCUUCUACCGAACUACAACCGCUAACUGUAUCACCCCACUGAGCUAGCUAACUUAGCUUACAGCUCAGCCGAGGAGGACGCCAUUAAUGUUUACAUCUUGCCCUGUCACGAGCACGAGCCUCUCGUCCAUCAGUACAAGUGCACUUUUGUCUGCGCUGUGAUACGGUUGACGGAUAGCUCUGUAGAAAGAAAAAUAGUUCCUACAUGAAACUGCUCACAACAAGGCCUGUGGAUUAUCUUCAGGAACCAGGUCAUGAUUUCUGGAAAGAGACACUGCCCUUGAGUUUUUCAAAUGACAUCUAGUUCCAUUAUAUUGUAGAGAAGGCAGACAGCUCACACUAAAACAAUCUAGACUGAUAAACAUCACUACAGAUAGGAGGAAAAUAUGCAUUUUUGAUUUUGGGGUCACUGCACCUGUAAGUUGACAGAGUAAGACAUUAUGCUGUGUUGUUUCAGGCUCUUCCUCCUCUCAAGGUUGAGCCUCUGGGGUGAAACAGGCCUUGACAAACUGUGAUUAAGUGUUCAGCGCUUAAACGCAGAGUGUGAACAAUGUUGGAAUAAGAACAGAGCUGUCAAAAUAAACAA